AUGGGAGCUGAAAGCAAUGGAAGUCUUGACCUAUCCGUCUUCCUGACUGGCAUCCCAGGAUUGGAGGCCCAACAUGGCUGGCUUUCCAUUCCUUUCUUCACUGUGUAUAUUGUGGCCAUUGUGGGUAACAACCUAAUCAUGGCAGCAGUGCAGGCAGACCCUGCCCUACAUGAGCCCAUGUACUUGUUUCUCUCCAUGUUGGCUGUGACAGAGGUGGGUGUUUCUGUGUCUACACUGCCCACUGUCAUGGGUAUUCUUUGGUUUGAUGCCCGCCAGAUUGACUUGGAUGGCUGCCUGGCUCAGAUGUUCUUCAUCCACACUUUCUCAUGCAUGGAAUCAGGGGUCCUGUUGGCCAUGAGUUAUGACCGCUUUGUGGCCAUCUACAGUCCACUGCGAUAUACAGCCAUCCUAACCCUGCCACGUAUCAUUUGCAUGGGUCUGGGCAUCACACUGAAGAGUGUGACGCUCAUGGCCCCACUUCCAGUCCUUUUGAAACAACUUCCCUAUUGCCACACCAAUGUACUCUCCCAUUCCUACUGCCUCCACUCAGACCUGAUCCAGCUGCCUUGUGCUGAUACGAAGCUCAGUAGCAUCCUGGGUUUGGCCAUUGUCCUGGCCACUUUUGGGCUGGACUCACUGCUUAUCAUUGUCUCUUAUGUGCUGAUUCUUUACACGGUGCUGGGCAUUGCUUCUGGGGAGGGACGGCGGAAGGCCCUCAACACGUGUGUGUCACAUAUCUGUGCAGUGCUCAUGUACUACGUGCCCAUGAUUGGUGUGUCUGUGAUGCAUCGUGCUGCCAAGCAUGCCUCGCCCCUGGUCCACACACUCAUGUCUAGCAUCUACCUCUUUGUGCCUCCUGUGCUCAACCCCAUCAUCUACAGUGUCAAGACCAAGCCAAUCCGACAGGGGAUUUUCACCUUGUUCUCCUGCAAGAGGAAAUUGCUCUGA